UAAACAUGGUAAUGAUACUUAACUGAUAUUCAAAGUGUAUUUAGUGCGGUUUUUAUAUUUCAUUUCUGGUGUGUAUACCGCUUUAAGAAAUCCAACCGGGAAGUUGUCAAGCAGUCCUGACGUCGUGUUUACUAUCGUGUUUCCCCACUAUGGCCAGUUCACGCACACUGUUCUGCAGCUCUUGUGUUGUUGUAAUUAUGAAAUAACUAAUGUUUUCUAACAAUAUUCCGCUUCUUUCAUUCAUGCAACAUGAACAGGUCCCAGCUCAAACGAUCCCGAAUAUUAAAAAUGGCCUUCACAGACUCCACUCGUCCAGGGGACAAAGAAGAGCCGUUUUUUAUGAGAGCCACCAAAAUCGCCCUGGUCGUGACUCUCUACUGGUUCAUCUCAAUCUCCAUGGUUUUCCUGAACAAUUACCUGUUAGACAGCAAGGAGCUCGACGCGCCGGUCUUCAUCACCUUCUUCCAGUGUGUUGUGAGUGUCGGACUGUGUUUACUCAUGAGUUUCCUCUCAAGCUUGUGUCCUGGAUCCGUGGAUUUCCCCUCAUUAAAGUUUGAUUUGCGGGUGUCCAGAGAGAUUCUCCCGCUGACGAUCGUGUUCAUAAGCAUGAUCACGUUUAAUAACUUGUGUCUGAAAUAUGUGGGAGUUGCCUUUUACACUGUUGGACGCUCGCUUUCCACUGUGUUUAACGUUAUUUUGUCUUACGUGGUCCUCAAACAAACGACGUCCCUCUACGCGGUGCUGUGUUGCGGAGUCAUUCUGGGUGGGUUCUGGUUGGGUGUGGACCAAGAAGCCGUGGCAGGUUCCCUUUCAUGGGCAGGUGUCGUUUUCGGUGUAAUUGCCAGCCUUUGUGUGUCUCUUAAUGCCAUCUUCACGAAGAAAGUAUUGCCGGUGGUGGACGGAAAUAUUUGGAAGCUCUCCUACUACAACAACCUCAACGCCAUUGUGCUGUUUCUUCCCCUCCUGAUCAUUCUGGGAGAGGUGAAAAGUGUAUUCGAGUUUAGCCGGCUGACAGAUUUACAUUUUUGGGGUAUGAUGACUUUGGGUGGGGUUUUCGGCUUUGCCAUUGGUUACGUCACAGGACUUCAGAUCAAGUUCACCAGUCCGUUAACACACAAUGUAUCCGGAACGGCCAAAUCAUGCGCACAGACUGUGCUGGCCGUCGUGUACUGGGCGUCCGAAAAGAGCACGCUUUGGUGGACGAGCAAUUUGAUGGUGCUCGGUGGAUCUUUCGCUUAUACCUGGGUCAAAGGAAUGGAGAUGAAGAAAGCUCCAGUGCCUACAGAAACACAAAGCUUGAACCCUCAGAAGAAUAAAGAAGACCUGGGCGUGUGAGAAAUACAUUGUUGUAGAGACUUUCUGUUUUGCACAUGUGUGUAUAUAUACCAGAGGUGCCCAAACCUUUUCCUAUAAAGGGCCAAAAACCAAACUUGAUAGAGGACUGUGGGCUGAAUAUAUACCAAAGCAUAUUUAUUAAAUUUGCCAUGGGUAAUUUCCUAAUUUGCAAAAUGUUGCAAUGAAGAAUAUUAACUAAUGCAGCAUUAUUUUUAACAUUUUAUAAUGAACUUAUUACAGUAAAAACACAAACAAUCCCAUUUAUAACACAAUAGAGUUCAGUGCUGAACACACUAGUCGAGCUGCUCUUGCCUUUACCUUGUGCAUUGUCCACUAUAUAAGUGACAGUACUUUACAUAUUAAAAGUCUGAUUCCUUUACAACAUUAAAUUAUUUAAUUUCAAGUGGCUUUUUUGUAGCUC